GAUGGACAUCUGAGCCCCCCGGGACGGGCACGGCCGAGUGCAGUCGGGUGGAGACGAGCGGAGCCGAACACAAUCGGGUCACGCCGAACAGAUGAACGCACGCAGGUCCAGCCCAGCCGACUAGACCCGAACCGAGCCGAACGCAGCCGGGCCGAGCCGAUUGGACCCGAACCGAGCCGGGCGUAGCCGAUUGGGCCCGAGCAGAGCCGAGAGCCCCGGGACCGCCCGCUCUGCCGCAUGGCCGGGAAGAAGCUGAUCGUGGUGUUCGGGGCUACCGGGGCCCAGGGGGGCGGCGUAGCCCGGGCGCUGCUGGACGACGGCACCUUCAAGGUGCGCGCGGUGACGCGGAGCCCCAGGAAGAAGGAGGCAGAGGAGCUGAGGCGGAGGGGAGCCGAGGUGGUGAAGGCAGAUCAGGACGAUGAGGCAUCGCUGGAGCAGGCCUUGGCGGAUGCCUACGGAGCCUUUAUUGUCACCAACUUCUGGGAGCACUGCAGCAAGGAGAAGGAAAUCGAGCAGGGACGGCGUCUCGCUGACCUGUCCAAGCGCCAGGGUCUGUGCCACGUCGUGUUCAGCGGCCUGGAGAACGUGCACCAGCUGACGGGGGGCCGGCUGGAGGUGCUGCACUUUGAUGGCAAAGGCGUGGUGGAGGAGUACUUCCAGAAAAUUGGGGUUCCCACCACCAUCGUCCGGCUGCCCUUCUACUUCGAGAACUUCCUCUCCAUCUUCAAGCCGCAGAAGGCCCCGCAGGGAGACACCUUUGUCCUGGAGCUGCCCAUGGGGGACACCCCAAUGGAUGGGAUGGCUGUGGAGGACCUUGGGCCUGUUGUGCUUUGCCUGCUGAAGUCCCCAGGGGAGUACAUCGGCCAAGUGAUAGGACUCAGCACGGGCAAGCUCACCGAGGCACAGUACGCUGCCAUCCUCUCCCAGCAGACGGGCAAGACUGUGACAGCCAGCAAGAUCUCCCCUGAGGAGUACGAGAAGCAGGAUUUCCCCGGGGCCAAGGAGAUGGCUGCCAUGUUCCGUUUCUAUGCCCUAAAGCCAGACCGCAACGUGGCCCUGACCAUGAAGCUCAACCCCAAGGCCCGCACCUUCCAGCAGUGGGUGGGGGACAACAAGGAUUCCUUCUGAGCCUCCCCUCCCUCCUCUUCCUCCCUGGUUUCUGCAGCAGGUAGAGGGACCUGGCCGAGGAGGUGAGGUGCCCUGAGCCCUGCUGCCUUCCCAGUAGUGCCCCAGGGAGAGGCUGAUCCUGCCCAAGUUGGGGAGAGCUUGGCCCACAAGCUGGUCCAUGUGUGUGCUUCUGCAUUGUGGUUGAGACUAUUUAGGCAGCUGGAACAAGAGGAAGGGCUGUACAGCACAGGCAGAGGGGUGGCAGAAGCGCUACCUUUGCACUCUGUCCUCAGGGAGGCGUUACUUUAGUCAUUCUGGGUGUUUUAGGGUGGUGGGGCUUGUUUUCCCAGGAUCACCGCUUUUCCCAGGCAGCUCUGAGCAUAGGGCACCAUGUGGGGGGCUGGAGGUGUGUACCCCUGGGCCCCAAAGGCAGUGCCUUCAUGGCAGGUAUCCAUGGCCAGGGCUGCUGCAGGCUCCUGAGCAAACUGAAGACAGAGAUUCUCCAUGGAUGUCGUUUGGGCACCGCAGGUGAGCCACUGGAGAGAUGGAGGCUUACUGUCACCCCAGCAAACAGGGACUGCAGUGACUUCUGUGAGUGAGUGUAACACAAAAGCUGAGCUUGAUUCCUCAAGUCAUACAGCUCUGGCCAUCAUCCUUGGGCUCCUAGAGCUAAUUUCAAACACUACAGGCUCCUGGAGCUAAUUUCAGUCACUGUCCCUAUGAGUUGAGAUAAAACUCAACUUUUUCAAGACUGUCCAAAGUUCAGUGGUAAAGCACCCUCCCCCCCCCAUGCCUUAAGUACUGCUCAGAUUGGGCAACUUUGUGUUUAAAGUCAAUCCUAGCCCCCAGCAAUGCCCGAGCCAUUCAGCCCUGUGCCCCCCUUGUCCCAAAGACCUUCAUUCCUGUUACCAGGUGAGGGAAAGGGGGUGACAGACCCGGUGGAAGAGUAGACAAGGCAGCAAGGCACACCAUGUGUUAAAUAUCUUUAUGAAGUCCAUCUUAUUUACAUGGGUACAGAAUCACUUUACAGAAGUUUAAUCAGGAGGCAACGCGUGCUUUAUUUCAGCAAAUUAAGAAGGGCAAGACUACAGCACGUCCCUGUUUAACUGGUGUUUAACUGAUUAGUGUGGGCUGAUGGUACCUGCACGGUAUCACAAACACAGCAGGCUACAGUAACCAUGGAAUACUCACUGCAAGAGCUCAGCUGCAUCUGGAAGGAGUGAUCCACCUCACUUGCACUCUCACACAUGUAAAACAACGAUGCUUUGACCAAUCCUUUAUGCUAUGGGUGUUGCACUAAGGUAAUAAAAGAUUUUUGUCCCCCAGCUGA